AUGAGCGUUAUAGAGAAACCUUUACCAAUAGGCUACAUUUGGCGGUCCUCCAAAUGGUUCAUUCUCUCAACCGUCGCAAUCGCGCUGUUUGCUGAAACGUUCCUCUAUGGUUUUCUAGUCCCUAUUCUGGGAGAAAUGCUCCAGAAUCGCCUCCAUGUUCAUCCAUCAAAAACCCAGGAGUUGACAUCCGCCGUUCUCGCCCUCCAUGGUACUCUCGCCAUGCUCUCGGCCCCCAUCAUCGGUCAUUUCGCCGACAAGAACCAAAACCGCAAGACCACACUGCUGAUAUCUCUCGCAUGGUGUAUUAUCGGCACGGGUAUAGUUGCCGGUGCUCGUUCGGUCCCUGUGCUACUAUUAGGCCGCUCGAUGCAAGGUAUCGCGGGGUCUGCUGUGUGGAUUAUCGGCUUUGCAACAGUGGCAGACACUAUCAGUCCGAAUAAUAUAGGCUUUGCAUUGAGUGUAAUGAUGUCUUGCGCAAACACUGGGACAAUCGGCGGGCCUGCAAUUGCUGGGCUGCUUUUGGAGGUUGCCGGUUACUGGUUAACGUGGUCGGUCCCGCUCGUGGUUCUCACUAUAGACUUUAUUGCACGCGUGUGUAUGAUCGAGAGUCCAGCCACUCCUGUCUCUACGCCCGAUGACAGUCUAACAGAGACUGCAAGUUUGCUUCCCUCUUGCCAAGAACACCAAAUGCCAUCCAAGCCCCGAAAUCUAUGGGGUAUAAUUCUACGCAAUGGUCGUGCCAUGACUUGUCUGCUGACGAUCGUCAUGGGCACAACCAUGAGCACCAGUUUCGAUGCGACCCUUCCUCUCCACGUCGAAGAGAAAUUCGGAUGGGGCCCUAGCACGACUGGACUCCUUUUUGCUGGCCUUGUCGUUCCGGGUGUUUUGAUCGGUCCCGUUGCUGGUUGUCUCCGUGAUCGAAUUGGAGCACAAAUCCCUACCGUUGUCUGUGCUAUUAUUCAGGCAAUAAUGCUUGGCCUGAUGGGUAUUGCUGGUGGCGAUAUUCCCUGGGCGAGUGCUCAGAAUAUGGGCAAACCACUUUAUGCCGGCUGUAUCGUUGCUAUAGGCAUCUUGCGGCCAUUUGUGACUGGUAUCGCGCCUGUCGAACUGACGGCUACUACUAAAGCAAUGCAGGAAAGGUCCCCGGGCAUUUUCGGGCCCAAAGGAGGCAUGUCACGCAUUUUCUCUAUGAUGGACGUUGCUGCUUCACUCGGGAUGAUGGUUGGCCCUGUCAUAGGUGGUUUGUUGAAGGGAAUAGUCGGCUAUAAAUACAUGAGCUGGACUUGGAGUUUCGUAUAUCUCUUCCUCGCUGCUCUUUCGAUGUGCUUCUUAGGAUCACAGGAUACCGAGAAAGCGCCCCGUUCCCAUUCUGAAGAAGAGUCAUAG